CAAGCGCUUUCUCCGAAGAAGUGGACGAGUAGGAAGCUUUUACAGUCAGGAAGCAAACCUGCAUCUGGUGUUGCAGAUUCAACGUUAGCUAGCAAAAGAUAAGUUUGUCUAACUCGGUUUUGUUUGCGCUUGUUUUACAGUACAGCCUUGGAUUCCUCCGGUCAAAUAUGACUAUAUUGUUUUUAAGGACCGUGUGCGAGCAGCUGGUGUCUCAGUGAGCCGCGGCUUCUGGUAGCCUAGCAUCCUUGUAGCUAACUUUAGCUUGCUACCGUCAAACCUGGUUUGAGUUUGAAGAUGAAUUUGGUCAAAAACAAAACGUUGCACCCACACUUGCGCGACGAGGAAGCUCUUGUGGUGGAAAACGCCAUCCGGCUGGCAAUAGACUCGAUAAUAAACGUGCUUUACGGUGUCAACAGUUCCAGGACUCAUGAGUACCAGCGGAUGGUGGCUGACAGGGACAAAGAGAUCCAGCGGCUGGAGGACAGGCUGACAGAGAUCGAGCACGAGCUGCAGGUGCUGCGCCUACAGGGCUGCACCUGCGGGCUGUUUGGAAAAGAGAACAGCCUCGUUGGAUCCCAGCCCUCCGGUGAGCCACAGACGGGAGAGCAGAGCGGGUUUGAACCAUGCCGCGUUGACACUGAGAUGACAGCGGAGCAGCAGCAGUGUGAAAUGAGCAUCUCUUUUGGCCUUUUUGCAAGACCCCCCUCACAUGUGUCCUCUCAAAGCCACGAGUCAGCUCUCCCAUCAUCCCCCAGCAGAAUGGCACUGGAAACGUGCACCUCCCACUCCUCAGUGUCCUCAGGUGUAUCAGAGGCAGCCAGGAAUCCGUCUACAUCUCCCAGCAGCCUUGUCAUCAAGGAGGAGCCGUGUGACAUCGACACAGUUUUAAUCAAGUGGGAAAUGAGUGAAGAGAGAUUCGGGGAGCAUCCGGAGAGCACAUGCAGUCCGUGUCAGGAAAAAGAGAGCCCCAGUGUAAAAAAAAAACUGGAGAACAGAGGGAGAAGGAAGUUUAAAGAGAAACCUCAUGCAGAUCCUGACGAACAACGCGACCCUCAUGAAGAACAGCCGAGGAACAAGAAGAAAGGCGUGCCGAUGUCAGAGCUGCCAGAUGAGGCUCAGAGACUGAAGAGGGCAGCCUGGAGAGCAGCUUCCAGGCGGUACUACGCCCGAAAAAUAGCCCGCCAACAGGCAAACCCCUCACGCUCCGGCCCCUUCCCCUUCCCCUCACGCUCCGGCCCCUUCCCCUUCCCCUCACGCUCUGGCCCCCUCCCCCCACACUCCAACACUGGGUAUUCACAACCCAUCUCUUUUGUGGAUAAGAAAAGAAGGACGCUGGUAUCUGAGUUACCUGAAGAGUCUCAGUCGUUGCAGAGGGAGGCGUGGAGAGCCGCUCGAAAAAGCACUGACCCUCAGACCGGGUCCACACAGUAUGCACACCUGCUCCAGAACAUAGAGCUGUCUGGAGAAACACUUGGACCCAACAGAGGAGGCUCCAACACCAACAGUGGAGAAAUAAUGUGCAGCUGAUAGACAGUUAUGCUGUUGAUGAGAUUUUCUAUUCUGCAUAUUGAAAGGUUAAUUUCAUUGCAUUAUGUUAUGUACCCUAGAACAUUGGACUAUGUGAAUGUUUACUAUUUUUACCUGAUUUGUACUGAUGAUGUUGAGAUUUACCUCAGAUCUUCUCAAAUUUCCAAAUAGUUUGAACCUAGUGUUUUAAAUCAGUCAUCUGUGUUUCUUUGUAGUUGAAUGAUGCAACAAACAAUGAGAACAACACUUUGAUCAUAUUACUUUGGUUCUAAUUUCUCAGCGUUUUAUUAUUUUUCUUCAUUUCAGCCUUCUUUAGUAUACUGCAUUGCAUGCCUGUAGAAAACGCUAACUGCAAAUGAAGAUUGCAUAAAUGUAUUCUGCAGCAAUAUGAAGAUAUUGUAGAGUACUCAUAUGACCACUGUAUCAAUACAGUCCGUCUGUAACUACAAUCAAGGCAUCGUUAUUGGUCAAUUAUGAGAUCAACAUUUCUGUGUAAAUGACAGAUGAAAGAAGUAGGGUUUAAUUUUUACUGGGAUGACUUAAAAUGUAUUUUUGUUCCUUUUUUGGAAUAUUUUAAAUAAAGAUAAUUUAAUAAAGUU